UCCAAACAAUAUCUAUAAUAAGUUGUUACUUUUUGAAGUUUUGCGAAAUUUGCUAUUUUAAAGUUACGUAUUGAAACUAUUAAAUUGAAUUAUUGUUAACAAAACACACUUAAAGAACAUCCAAAAUGGUAGGCUACCUAAUGCUACUAAAGAUGUUGCAUUGCAAUAACAAUUUAAGUCUAAGAAGACGAAAAACGAACAAAGCAAACUAUACCCUCAAAAAUCCCCGGAAAGGCGACGUUCCGAGAACUAUUAAGAAAGAACAGUACGACGCCGAAGCACAAACUACGUGCCGGGUCUGUCUACGAGAAGGUAAUAUACCAAUUUUCGGAAACGAAAGCAUUGAAGAUGUAUCAGAAGCACUUUGUAGCUUCGGAGAUAUCACUGUAAGGUCCGAUGACGAUUAUCCCAAAUUACUCUGUAAUUCUUGCUACGAAUUUCUUCAGAGGGCUAUAAUUUUUAGGCAGAAGGCAAAGCAGUCUGACCAGACUUUGCAUUGGCAAAAACCUGAAAUCUUAUUAGAGAACGAUGACACUGCGGAUCAUCGAGACGACUCCAGCGAUUAUGAAGAUACUAGUUCUAAAGAAGUUGCUAAUUAUUUUUGCAGGCAAUGUGUGAAAAGUUUUAAGACAUUCAAAGAGUAUAGUGAACACAGAUUGAGUGCUGAACACGAAAAUGUCCGACAUAAAUGUCCAAUUUGCAAUAAAUUAUAUACAGCAAAGUAUAUUAAAAAACAUUUGUUGUUACACAAAUUAGAGAGGCAGUACAUGUGCGAUAUAUGCGGCAAAAAGUUUCCCCUACAAGCUCCGUUUAAAAGGCACAGAUUAACACAUUUCUACAGUCUACCAUUCCAGUGCACUUUAUGCCCGUACAGAGGAAGAUUUAGCGAGUCUUUGAAAAUGCACAUGAGGUCACAUACUGGGGAAAAGCCUUAUCAAUGCACCCAAUGCCCAUCAAGGUUUGUAAAUGCAAGCAAUCUCAAUAAACACAUGCUAACUCAUAGCCGUAACCAUGAUUUUAAAUGUGAUAUGUGCGGCCGGGGUUUUUACACCAAAAGAGACUUGGGGUCGCACUUCAAAGUUGAUCAUUCCGGUAUUAAGGAGCAUGUCUGUAACAUUUGUGGCAAAGCGUUUGGUUACCGGAAGCAAAUGAUGAAACACCAGCUUAUUGUACAUAAGAGAGAGAAAUUAAGGAGUGGCAGAAUGCCACUGUAUUUGCAAGUGGAGAGUCAUAAAGAUACUAGAGAUUAGUUUAAGUCAACAUUGUCACUUCAGCCUGCUAGCUUCCCGCUAGUGAGCACAAGCUUCCUCUAUCAUGAUCAUAUGUUAAGUUGAAUGUUACCAGGCAAUGAUAACAUAAUGAAGUUCUGUACUCAAAAAUAGCCAUUGGUAAAAAGCAACAUUAAAAUUCAAUAGUAUUUGUACUGAACCAGACUAUACCAAACCACUUGCAAGGAUGGGGAUUUUUCCUUAUAUACUAAUUUCUACCAGUUAACUCAUAUUAUUGCACGCGGUGUCUAGGAACUGGCUCUAAAACUGUGAGCCCUGCUAUGACAAGGUCGAAAUCUAUAUUACAUUUUGUAACUGCAUUCAAGAUUUCAGUGCCAUAGAGAAUAAGUUAACUGUUAUGUGUAUGUAAUUUAUGUGUGUAAUUUAUUUUACGUUAAUUAAGAUAAAUAAACUACAGAAUUAAUUACAUUUA